AUGUUCAGCUCAUACAUUUCCCUUGUAUUUCAGGCCCUGGCAACAGCAGUUCUUUGCCUCGUCAUCUAUCGUCGCUUGUUGCAUCCCCUUCACAUUUACCCUGGCCCCUUCAUAGCCAGCUUCACCAACAUCUGGAAGUUCUACCACUAUUUGAAUGGAAAUUUGCACAUCGUUGAGCAAGAUCUGCACCAAAGAUACGGUCCCAUCAUCCGCACUGGCCCCAACUCACUCUCCUUCUCGACUCCAGAAGCUUUUGAGUCCAUUUACGGGUUCAAUCAUGGCUUCGAGAAAGGCGAUUUCUAUGCCUUCGCUCGUGAUCCAGCUACUGGAGUCUCCAACAUCUUCUCCGCUCGUACACACGCGGAGCAUCGUGAACGCCGUCGUAAGGUCAUUGCCUCCACUACUUCGCACGUUGGCUCUUACCAUCCUGUAAUUGCGAGACAUGUCCAGCAUUUCCUUUCAAAGCUCUCCUCCAGUAGUGCACAGGGGCACGUCGUCAAUAUCGCGGAACUAGUCCAUGCUCUUACCUUCAACGCUCUCGCCGAGGUCAUCUAUGGUCCUUCUCUCGCGAGCCAGCCAUAUACAGAAACCACAAACGGGGAAGGCAUACUUCCUGCUUUUCGCGCCAUCUCCAAAUUUGGCUGGGGCGUCUCACACAUUCCCCUCCUUGCUUGGCUAAUGUCUACCCGUCCUAUGGUCAAGAUGACCCGUAGACCGACCUUCAACAAACAAGGCGUCCCAACAGGCAUAGGCGCACUGGCUGCUCGAGCGAAGGUAUUGCUUUUGGAAGACCCGACCCUGGUGACUGGAGUGGACCAGCCAAGCAUUGCAAAAAAUAUGCUGGCAGUAGAAACAGGAGAUUCAAGACACAUGGGUCCAGUGGAAGUAUACAGUGAAUGUUUCAAUUUGCUGUUUGCGGGACCGGGGAGUACUACUGCCGCUGUGACGAGUGUUCUUGAGCGACUGGGUAGCGAGGAGGGUAGAUCAUGGCAAGAGAAAAUACGAAGCGAACUUCUCCAUAAGGCCGACGAGUCUAACGAGAGCGAGAGUCUGUAUGCCGUGAUUCGCGAGAGUAUGAGGCACAGCACGCCUUUUCCUACCGCGUUUCCACGGGAGGUGCGGCCAGGAGCAGAGCAGGCGAUUGCGGGAACGGAACUGCCUCUACCUAUUGGUACCAUUGUCGGUGCUAACAGCUGGAUUGUAAGUCAUGACACAAGCACCUGGGGCAUUGAUGCCGGACAGUGGAACCCCUAUCGUUGGCUUGAUGUGAAAGAGAAUGCUGGGAAAAGGCUACUAGAAGACAACUUCAUAGUGUUCAGCAAAGGUCCUCGAGGAUGCAUUGGCAAGGACAUCGCGAUGCUGCUUAUCACACAGGCAGUGGCUGGCAUUGUAUCAACGUGGCGAAUCGAGGGCGCUGGAAAGAUGACAGGCGGGGCAUGGCUCGAGAUGCAGAUCGAGUCGUGUGGUCUGAAAUUGACUAAGAUUUGA